UUGCUAAUGGAAAGGCCGAAAAAAGGAAUACGCAGAAAGUCCUGACGUCACACGUAGUUACCCCGAACAAAGAUAAACCAUCGAAAAUGGGUCUACUUGCACUGUUGAGAAAGCUGAAGUCAACUGCCGACAAGGAACUAAGAAUCCUGUUAUUGGGACUGGAUAAUGCUGGCAAGACAACUCUAUUGAAGAAACUGGCAUCUGAAGAUGUAUCCCAUACAACACCAACGCAGGGAUUCAACAUCAAGUCUGUGCAGUCGGGUGGUUGCAAGCUGAACGUGUGGGACAUCGGAGGGCAGAGGAAGAUCAGGCCAUACUGGAGGAAUUACUUCGAGAACACAGAUAUAUUGAUAUAUGUGAUUGACAGCUCAGACAAGAAGCGAUUUGAUGAAACAUCACUGGAACUGAAGGAGCUAUUGGAAGAAGAGAAGCUCGCCGGUGUCCCCCUUAUCGUGUUCGCCAACAAACAAGAUCUGGUGACUGCCACCUCGGUUAGUGACAUCGCCGAAGGACUGCGUCUCGAAGUAGUACGAGACAGGAAGUGGCAGCUCCAGGCCUGCUCAGCAGUCACGGGGGAAGGGGUUAAGGAUGGGAUGGAGUGGGUGAUGAAGACGGUGAAGAAGAAAUGAAGACAGCUGUCAUCUAGGACAAUCAUACAUUAUUCUGUACACAGUUGGGGUCAACUGAGGGGAGGGGGGAGUCUUUCCAUCUUUAGUCAUCUUAAGUUACCCUGGCAAUGACAUGUCAAGGUCAUAAAACACAUGGCAAGAUGAAUAUCAAAUUGCAAGAAAAUCAAAUUGUUAUCAUGGACUGUAGCUGAUUCUUCUAUGACAGGGCUUUUUAUAAUUGCAGUGUAUCAUCGAUAGACAUAACCGUCCAAGCCGUCGUCCGCUCACUCAUAAAUAAGCAUUUUAGAAAAAUAUUUUACUUUUUUUAUAUGACUAUAAGACGGUUAAAUAUCACGUUAGUUUAUGAACAUGCUUUUCUUGUGAGAUUGCACACAGUGUAUUACUGAAUGUGCAGAUGACCUCAGUGAAGUCGAUUCAAUGCUUUGGCAUUCUAAAGGGAGGACUAUUUUCGGCAGAGGGUUUAAAGAAUGGAUGAGUCAUUUACAUUCUCCAAAGCAGAUGGUUGUUGAAAUAUUGUACCUUUAUGUCAAACUCAUAUGGACCAAUUUCAGUCUCUACUUGCAAAGUUUCAACUAUCAGUUACAUGUUACCGUUCAUUCCGUUUAAGUGAUGGGUAUUUGUAUAUCUGAUACAUAUUUAUUGUUACAUCCUAAUAUCAGAUGCUGAUGCUGCUAAAUGGGUGGGGUGUUUUAUACUUGAUAACAGGAAGGAAGGAUAGUUAUCAUACAUGAUCUGUGCAUAAUAUGGGGCAGGUUCUACGUACAGUGUAAAUAAUGUUUGUUGCAGAAACAAAUUUGAGCAUCAUUUUAUUCAUCUCUGCAAUUUGAUUCUAUCAUUCCUUGAACUACCAGAAAGCACCCGCUUUAGAUCAGUGCCUAUUGUCACAGAGUUGGUCAAUAAAUUCACAUUGUACUUCAGUCUUUGAAUAGGAGCUACUGGUGUGUGCAAGGUGAUGGUGCAUUGCGUGAAUGUUAUCAGAUCUUCUUUUUCUUUUAGUAAUUUUAUCAUUUGUGAUACUGGUUGCCAUGGAAACAGUCCAGCUGACCCAUAUCAUUCCUGCUUUGUGUUCGUAUCCGUCCAUGUUCUUCAUGUUGAAGUGCUCUUACUGUUCUCACACUCGCUAACUCACCGGUUGGCUGGCAUCUCCCAGCUGUUCCCGUCCAACAUACUAGUUGUGUCCAACAGCUGUCUGUCCAUCCAUCACUCCCGGCAGGGGAAUCCGAUUAGAUCCAUUGGAUGCCACGUCGCCCUUGUGGAAUCCCAGGGAAGGGGAUUAGGUCACAUGUCUGCAUAGUAUAAUAUAGAUCCUCACCUGAUGAUCCAUCAAGGGAGACAACUGGGCACAUUUCUCUUUCCUGACAAUAUCAGCAAUGUUAAGCAGUGUUCAAUGAUGGAUUGAAGUCAAGGCUCCUUAUCAUAACCCUAAUAGGUACCUCGGAUUAAGAUAAUCUGAAAGACCUGUGACACUCUUUUAUUUUUUAACACUGUUAGAUAGCCUAGUCCUCAUGAGGGCUGCAAUGUGUUGAAAUCCUGGCAUCCAUAUUUAUUAUUGAGACUGGGACAUUUUAACCCAACACUUAGACCAACAUAGGCCUUAAUGUUCUGCUGUAUUGUGUGUAGCUCACCUUGUUCCUGUUGACGUGGAUGGGCGUUAUAGUUCAUACCUACCAGAUUUAGACCCUACAGGUAAAAGGGAGUAGCAAUUAUAAAAAUGGACGUGAAUUGGUUUUGAAAUCAUUUUUGGACAGUAAAUGGCUGAACACAGCAAUAGUCUUUCAGGGUUGUUUUUCAUGGAAUUUGCAUUUUACCAACCAGCUUCAACUGAUGCCAUCUCAACAACAGCACAGUUUAAAACAUUCAGUUAUGAUGAUGAGCAGACAUUUAUAUUCAAUACAAAGCAUUAUUUCAGCCUGUGUUCUUUUGAAUCUCUAGGAUAUCUGAUGUGUUUGAGUUGUCUUUUACUCAUCACGGGGAUGAGAAUGGAUAUUUACCUUUUCAGCUGAAACUUCUUUACAAUUGAACGUGGUCCAUAAUUUGGGGGUGUUUAUGGGGGAAGCCAUCAGAUUUAAAAGAAUUCUUAUCCCUGUUAAAUCCGUUAAAGCCAUUAGGACCCUCCUAAGGAGGGAUCUGUCACCAGGCAUCGAUUCAGUGCCAUACUGCCUGGGUAAUAGUAUCUUGUCAGCUGGACACAAGGAGGGCGUGUUGCAAGGUAUGAAAAUGAACUGUAGAGUACUCUCUUUUUACAUGUAAUACAGGUUUUUCAACCUUUGUUUUAAAUAGAUGUCUCAAGUUUAUGAACUUUGUGUCAGUUAAAUCUGCUGGAGUAGUAUGGCUCGUAUCCCCUCUGCAUACUGUUGAUGUGUGUAGGAAUCAAGCCCCUAGAUAAGACACUGAGCACUGUUUUGAACUUAUCAAUUUUUUAGUAGUCUGUUGUUGAGGCUGCCACAGCAUGACACAGAUCCUCUCUUGUGGAGCAAGAUUAAUACUAAUGACUCUGUUAUUUAAUACUCAUUGUGGACGAGGAGCAAGUUGUUUGCAAGAAAUGUUAGGUGUAGGACAGUACACAAUGUUGAAGAUGUCCAGGUAAUAAUUGUCCUGUGCUGUUAGAAAUUUAUUUUGUUCAUGUCACAAUUCUACACAAGUCCCGUUUCCAGUUGAAAUCCUAUUAUUUCACCAUAUUAAUGGACUCCCUAAAGAUGAGGAAUGGAAACUGAUAAGAGAACACAUGGAGAAUCUCACCUCUAUGGCUUGUGAGUAAACAGUACAGCUGGCCAGCAUCAGUGGCAGAGAGAUUACUGAUGUCAUUUGAGUGUGAUGUCAUGCUGACUGAUGCCAUCACAGUGGUUCACAAAGCAUUGUUAUGCAAUUUCCUUGUAGAGAUAUCUCACCCAAGAGGAAUCUCCUGUGGAAGCCACUUUUGAAUGAUGAUUAGAAAUUGAAAAGUUGCUAGAAGUUAUUAAAUAAAUUACUGCUGUGUUCAGCAAAAAUGUUUCACUGAAAUUUUGUAAUGUUAAUUGUUUAUUUUAUUGCCAAAUAACAGCGUUAGAAAUUGGCACUAGUCCUAUAGUCCUUGCCAAACUGGCCAAUAGUUAAGGUAUCAUAAGGACUUGUAGAAAUUUGCCAUUAUUAAGGGGUUUGCUAUAUGUUAUCAUUCUAAGGAAUAGUGGACUAAAACAGUUAGUUUCUAUCACUGAAUAAUAUCAAAAUGUCUUCAAACGAAAUGCAUAGUUCUCUUUUUACCUGUACCUAAAGCUAUAUAUACAUGUGAAAGUUAUUAAGAUAUUUAUUGUUAGGAUAGAUAUACUAUAAAAAGUGUUUGUCUUAGUCCACGUGUCAAGAAUGUUACUAAUGUCUGUUCAACUGCAGUAUAAAUAUGUAACCAGUUUAAUGAAGUUGUAGGAAGUGUCUGUUCUGUAGAUCUGAUAUAUUUUCAAGGAAAUCAGUUUAUGAUGUUUGCCCUUGUUUUAAUGAAUUCAUGUUUGUAAUUAUUUCGUUCUGAUCCCCAGAACCGUAUCUGUAUACUUGAUCCGUCCUGUCACUUCUACAUACCGACGACACAGCAUCACUUACAAUUCCCUGUAUAUGUUGAAAUAAAUCUCACAUAUUCUA